GGCUAGAGAUGAGUGGGUUAAAGUAAGUUGUUUUAUUAGGAUGGAGAAUUGUGAGCAGGCAUACAGGCAGCAGAAUGGCACCACACGCUGGAAUCCAACGGCGGAGCAGCUGAGGAUUCUGAGAGAACUUUACUCCACCAUUGGAAUCCGUUCCCCCACUGCAGAUCAGAUACAGAGAAUAGUUUGGAAGCUGAGUCGCUAUGGAAAGAUAGAAGGGAAGAAUGUCUUCUAUUGGUUCCAAAACCAUAAAGCUCGAGAGAGGCAGAAGAAACGCUUGGCUGCUGCGCAAGAGAAUCUAGCGUAUGACAUGGGAGACUCUUCUUCCUCUGCUAAUCAAAUGAUCCACACACGAUACCAAUAUUCUGAGCCUACCUAUGAAGGGAAGUUCUUUGAUAGCAAUACACGGAUAGCAGAAGCUAAGGGAAAUUCGAGUUCAAUGUUUGUUCCAGUUUAUAAGGAGCAAGGUAAUUGGGAGUAUUAUUCCAAGGAAGCUUCUUCUCUCAACACAAACAAUGAUUAUGGAAAUAAUGUUUCAGAACAAGACAGUAUUCGGCAUGUGGAAACACUGGAGCUUUUUCCCAUACGCCAUGAAAAUUGGAGUCCAAAAUCAGAUGGGCAAUCUGUGUCAACAACUGUUGAAGAGAGAGGAAGAGCAAGGGAGGCUGGGCUUCAUCUCUGUCUGAAUCCACAUAAUUAGGGUUAGCCUGUCAGUCAUAUAAUGGCACACAAAAGAGCUGCUUUAUUGUAGUAUAUUUGCUAGUUUUAAAUGGGUCUUAAGACUGAUAUGAUAAAAUUUUGGCCUAUAAGAUGUUCAUUCUAGUAUCACAAUAUGAAGAUCUGAUCAUGUCAAGUUAUCGUUGUAUUUGAGCCCAAUGGAUAAAUCUGGUUACAUGUAUUUGUACCUGUUUCUGAACUAAAAAAUUGGAUAUUAGAGGGCAAAUGCAAUUCAUCUUUGAUGAGUGCAAUUGUUUCACGAGA